AUGGCUGGCCAAAUCAGCCUUCCCAUCAUGGACGAGAAGCGCCCUGUCAGAAGCACGAUCCGAUCCUAUCGACGAAACAGGCCGCUCCUGACUGUCGCCCUCGUCGCGGUCACACUGUUCCUAUUCUGCAAGCUGCGCGCAGCCCGUAGCUAUGCAAGCCAAUGGGCACCUUCGAGGGCAGCUGACAGCGACGACGAUGUCUCGAGAGACACCCGCGGCGGCUCGACCUGGUCGGCAACGAAAGCGCUCGUCCCCCUCGAGGCGCACAUCAUGAGCAAAUGCCCCGAUGCGAGGGACUGCCUCAGGGAUCUGGUCCUCCCGACCAUGAUGCGCGUCAACACCAAGGUCAACUUCACGCUCUCCUACAUCGGCACACCGACCGACUCCAACGACGGCGUCGCCUGCAAGCAUGGGCCUAACGAGUGCAUGGGCAACAUCCUCGAGCUGUGCGCCGCACACUUGUAUCCGGACCCGAAGAUCUACCUCGGAUUCGUCAUGUGCUUGACGAGGGACUACAAGGAGAUCCCACAGCGCGAGCUGGUGGAGGACUGCGCCCUCGAGCAUGCGGUCGACUUUGAACAGUUGAACGACUGCGCCACCAAGGAUGACGGUGGCUUCGGCGUUUCAUUACUCAGGAACAGCGUCAAGAGGUCAAGUAGCGUAUGUCAUCUCCGCGACUGGUUCCGGGUCUUCUAA